AUGGCUUCCAACUUAGCAGUAACUGAUCUUGCAUCCAUCAAGCCUUUCAAGACUGUUUGGAAGGUCCAAAUCAAAAUCAUUCAUAGCUGGCAGCAGUAUACCAGCUACUCUGGUGAGACCCUGGAGAUGGUCCUAGCUGAUGUCUCUGGUACUUUGAUCCAUGCGACUGUGAAGAAACAACAGCUUCACAAGUUCCAGCGUAUGAUCGUCCCUGGUCAAUGGAGAAUCAUUGAGGAUUUUUCAUUGACUAAGGCUACUGGCAAAUUUAGGGUCACAAAGCAUGCUUACCGUAUGUUUUUGUUGAACACUUCCAUAAUUGUGCCAUGUGCGUCAUUGUCUGAUGACAUCUACCUUCACUUGGUUGAUUUCCAGACUAUUCACAACGAGCCAUCCUUGAAUGAGAACAUUUUGAUUGAUGUGAUUGGCCAAGUUGUAAAUGUUGGUGAAAUGAAAACUCAUGAAGUGGAUAACAAGUUCAAAAAGAAGCUAGAGUUUGAACUCAAGGACACUAGGGAUGAACGUUUAGCAUGUACGCUAUGGGGCAAGUUUGCUGAAAACAUGUUAGCGGCCUGUGAAAACAAUCGUCUUAAUAGAUUGAUAUGUUUGCUGCGUUUUGCUAAAGUGAAUUCUUUGAAAGGUCAAAGAUCUGUCUCCAAUGCUUUCGAGAUGUCUUUACUUCUGAUUGAUCCAGCUCUCCCUCCAAUUGCUUACUUCCUCGCAAAUUUGCCUAAUGAUGGCUUAGCCUUGACAAUCCAACAAGUUGGUCCUAAGGAAGACCCAAAAGUGAAGAAAGCCGAAUCCUACAAACGUGUUCCAGCAAAAACGAUUGCUGAACUCCUAGAGUACAAGCAGGAGGGAAAAUUUAGGAUCAUGUGCGCUGUGUAUGCAAUUGACACGGAGUUUGCUUGGUACUACUUUGUCUGUUCAAAGUGUAAUACCACUUGCUACAAUGUACCGAAAGAAGAGAAUGAAGAUCUUAAGAAAAACAAGAAGACAAUGUUUUGGUGUUCUGGUUGUAAUAACAACCAUAGCAAUGUUGAGCCAAGGUUUAGGUUGAUCUUGUGUGUCAUGGAUUCCACUGCACAGACAAAAUUUAUGUUGUUUGAGAACCAUGCAUACAGUCUCAUACAACAAUCUUCUCUUCAGCUACUCAAUGGUCAUUUCGACGAGAUAGUUGAUCCCAAAAACAUUCCUAAGGAGAUACAGAACUUGGUUGGCAAGACUUUUCAAUUUGUUGUGAGUAUUGAAAAGGAUAACAUCAAAGAGGGAAGUGAUACAUACAAGGUGGGUCAUGUCUUUGUUGGUCUAGAGGUUGAGGAAGAUGAUACUAUUGAGCAUUCAGUUGGUGAUGAUGAUUUAACCACUCUUGUGAGUGCUAACAAGUGGCUUCGACAAUGCAGGCAUAGCAUCUCCUUCCACUACACUUUUUCAAAGAGGAAGGAUGAUGAGUCUGACGAUACGUCAAACAAUUCAUCUUCUUCUAAACAAGCAUGUUUAGGUUCGAUUACUCGUGCUAUUGAAGAUGAACAUGUUGAUGAUGAUGGCAGGAGCUUAAGGAGUGGCUGA